AGUUGAUCCAAUACGAUGAGUCACCGAUAAGUGAAUCAGAGAAUUGGCUUCCUUGCCUUGAGUAUAACUUUUACAACAUAGGUAAGAAGACAGUGCGUAGUCUCUAGAAUAUAUCGUCUCUGCGUGGACCCUCAGAAAAUUAUAUGUAUAGGUGCUCAAAGUUAUCGCUUGCCUCAUCUCCAGCCCAAUAAUCAGUGUCAUUUAUGUCCUAUGAUCAACACAGUACGCAUAAAAGUUCAAGGACUGGAUGCUUUAGUUUUUCAGUGCCUGAUGCGCUCAAAGUGACUGGAUGAAUAAUUGUCAAAAAUGACAGAGUAUUUCCUCGCAUACUUCAACUCGAAGGAACUGUAACGAAUACUGGAACCAGAAAGUUGCAUCAGUCCGUAUCAUGGCAGCUCAUGAGCAGUUUAUUGUUCUCGCAUCUGACAAACUCCAAAGAGCUGACUUGUUUCCCGCAGGAUAUGAAGUCAAUCUCACUCCAGGAGCCAGCUCGAGUCUUGAUCAAAAAUUAGUUAAGCGUGAGUUUAUUCCAUCACAGGUGCAAAGCGGAAUUUUGAGUGAUGAUUCGCUCUAUCUAUCUACACCAAAUGUUAAGAUAGAACCAGAGUUUGAAUUCGAUGACCAGUCAUGGAAAUGGGCUUUAAGUUCAAGUGAUUCUGAUUUAGGUUCCAAUUUAAAACAGGAUUCGCUCAAAACAAGCAUUCCACAGAUCUUAACUAGUGGAAUGAAAACGGAUCUAAAAAAUGAAGGCUCGAUAACUUAUGAGCUGGUCGGUCAAUUGCUGACUGAUCCAAACGAUGAUCAAUCACAUUCUCUCGAUACUUCUGCAAUUGAGAGCAAAAACCAAAUUAAUAGUAAAUCUUUAGAUUUUGUAGAAUAUUUUGACGAGCAUUACAUCGCAUGUAAUAAUCAUUCCUCUCUUGUUGACAAGGAAAAAUUAAAAGCUCAAUCUGUCAGGAAGACUGAGCAGUCAAAAGUGUACUAUGAUUCUCGUAUAUGUCUGAAAGAUGUCAAAGUGAACCUAGUCGAUAUUUUUCAGAAAAUGAAGAAAAUUCAAAAGCGUUUCCCUUUUAGCAAAAGGGUACAUUUUCCACAGCGAACCUCCAAACAAAGCUCAACAACAACAGAAAUCCAAAGAAUGAUUCAAAAAAAUCCUGAGCAGUACCAUUGCUCCAAAUUUUCAGCAGAAUUCGGUCGUAGGAAUUCAUUGAGAGACCAUGUAGCAAUCCAUGCAACCCAGAAGUUACAAUGUAAAUUCUGUACUCUGAAAUUCGAGAAGUCAAAUGAUUUCAAAAUUCAUUUGAAAAAAGCACAUGCCGAUAAGGAGUCUCUCGUUUGUGGUAUUUGCUCCACAGAAUUCAAAACAAGCGUUGCUUUAUAUCAUCAUUUCAAACUCGAUCACUCAAAUAUGCAAUCUUUCAAAUGCUCUGUUUGUCACAAAAUAUUUACUAAAUACGGCCUUCUAAGACAGCAUAUUAUAGGAGUUCACAACGAUGUGAAACCAUAUGGUUGCAGCCUUUGCUCCGCUAAGUUUACCCAGAAUUCUGCUGUCAAAACUCAUAUUCAUUCAAUGCAUCUGAAAGAUAAACGAUUCAAGUGUCAUCUUUGCUCUAAAACAUUUUCUCAAGGUGGUGGACUAAAUUUCCAUGUAAAAUCAGUACAUCUGCAAGAGAGGCCACACAAAUGCUCCGUUUGUUCGAAGGCACUCAAAAAAAGCCAAGCUCUUAAAUGGCACUUGAGUUCAGUACACAAUAAAGAAAAGCCGUUCAGCUGUAACAUCUGCUCUAAUAAAUUUGCCCGUCGUGAAAAUCUGGUAGAACAUUUGAAUAGUGUCCACAAAAAUGAUAGACCUUACAGCUGUCAAAAUUGUCACCUUUCGUUUAAAGUGAAAAAUUCUUUAAGAAAGCAUAUGGCUACGCAUGUAAAAGAGAGACUUUUUAAGUGUGACCAUUGUUCUUUAAGAUUUCCUACAAAGAGAAACUUGAAGUAUCACCUUGUGGUUCACAGCAAGGAGAGACCAUUUAAUUGUCGUGCUUGCAGUUUAACUUUUAAGUGUAGCCGCGGUUUAAAAUCUCACUUUAAUAACUGCCACCUAGUGAGUGAUCAUAAUAUUUUAGUUUUUGAGUGUGAUCAUUGUCGGAAAAAGUUCAAAAAUAAAGUUCUCUUAAAAAGACAUGUAGAAAGGCACACUACAAAAUUGCUAAACUGCCGAGACUGUCUGAAGAAAUUUAAAAGCACCCGUAACUUAAGAGUCCAUGAGAGGAUCCAUAAGAAUGAAAGGCCGUACAAGUGUAAUAUUUGCUCCAAGACAUUCGUUCAAAGCGGUAGUCUAGUGUUGCAUCUGAGGAUUCAUAGCAAUGAUAAACCGUAUAAAUGUAACGAUUGCCCCAAGGCCUAUUUUCAGAAACGCGGGCUUGAAUUUCACAUAAUCUCAGCCCAUGAUUUUGAAAACAAAUUCCAUUGCAAGCUAUGCACUGCUAAAUUCAAGAACAAAUUUCACCUCAACCUCCAUUCAAAGACGGAUCAUGAGAAUAAGCGGUCGAAAUGUGAGCUUUGAACGGAAGAGUUCAAGUUAUUAACAACUCUUGAGGAACAUGCAAAGUUUUGCAUGCGAAUGCUUUCUUGAGGCUAUAAGUAUUUUAUGCAAACAGAAUGAUUGGAUGAGUUAGCUCAGACUUUUGAUGGUAGAAAUUGUCGCUUCCGGAUCUGCCCAAGUAAUAUUUUACAGUUAGAAAUUUAAAAAUUAGGUCAGGGUCUGACAUCGUUGGAGAAUGUAAUAGUGUAUUUUUUUUCCAAAAAUACACUAGAAGGAUCAUGGAAAAUCGGUCAUCAGUAGUAUUAAGCUCAUUUUAAGGAUUAGUUUUAAUUAUCGUAGAUGACUUGCUUUUGUGUGUGUAGGAUUUUCUCACAAAAACUCUCUUUGAGGUCCGGUUUCUCCCAGAAAAAGAAGAAGAAAAAAUAAAACUUUUGAUCUUAUUUUAAUUUUUUUGAUGGAGCACAAUUCUUUAUAAAGUACUUUACCCUCUUUCCGUUUUACUAUGACAAAGCAAGGCUGCUCCAAGAUCGUACCAAUGUUAACUUAAUCAUCAAAAGAAUGCAUUGCAUUACUUGCAUAAAAGAGCGUGAGUGAACAAGUUUUAAAGAUCGUUUUCCUGAUUUUUACUCAACAAAAAUAAUUCGAAGGAAUGUACUGAUACAAGUUAUCAGUGACAGUAAGCCUACGCCAAUAAAAUGUUAAGAGUUAGCUGUAAUACUAAUGUUUCUCUUUCAAAUUCUCUGGUAGAAAGGUUUUUGUUUCGGUAACUUACUUGCAAUUUUCAGUGAAAAACUGACUUUUUUUAUCCAAAGGUGUAUUUUGAAUAUCAACUGUUGAAGUUGGAAAAUGAGUCUCUCCAAUUCAGAUUUUGCAAAUCUCUGCUCAUGUUUUAUUUCUUUAGAAGUUAACCAGCGAUAAGUUUUUCUUGAAAUUUCCUGUGAAGUAUCUUCACUUAUUAAAAUAUACUCACAGAAAAUUUAAUGAGGAUCUUUUUGUUAGUUUCCUUUGACAAAAUAAAAUUUAAUCAAAGAGUUUGAAACAUUGCCGCGGAGCUACAAAGUUCUCCUCUUUAGUAACUCGAGAAAUUCCCAUUUUAAUUGAAAUCCCCCUACUGAAGAAAAAGGAAGCAGCCUCUUUACUGUACAAAAAUUUAGAUUUAGAUCUGAGGUCAUAUGCUGCCAACAUAUCUUUGCUGACGUUAGGAUCAUUCAAUUUUUUCAGAUUGAAAAUCAGUUUUAAACUUGAGGAGUGAAGCAACCCUUUAAAUUAAAAGAUGUAUAUUCAUAAUUUUCAAGGUCAUUUUAAUCUUUGAGUUCGUUCCUGAUUUUCCAUCCGUAAAAAUUUGAGUGUAGUCAAGACAUGAUAGGAAAACUAAAAGUCUGAUUUUGAAUCUCCAUCUUUAUCUUUAAUCAAACCACUAAGGUAUUUUUUCACCUCAUUUCCGAAUUUUCUCUGCCGAAGAGUACACUCUCGCCGCAAAAGGUAUUACAUAUAGAAUCCUUUUUUGUAUAAUAUGCAGUGCAACUAGUUUCUCCUAUCAUAAACCUUACUACCUCAUAAUGCAAGGUAAUAAGCUAGUGUCGUGACAAAAUCUGAAUUGAAAGAACGCUCUGACUGUCCCCCCUCAAAAUUCAGUGUUCAAGACGAAGAUCCACACAUCAAGGAAUAAAUUAAAAUUAAAGACAUUGGAGAUAAUUUUUAAUUUUUUCAAUUAAUUUUGUAAGUAGAAAGUUAGAGAAUAUCACAAAUUGUUUGAGUUCAAAGCUUGCACAGUUCACUCAUUCUGUACUUAUUACAAUUACAAUUAUUUUGAAUUACCUACCUUGAAAUCAAAUUUUGCAUAUCACCUGACAUACUGCAGAAUACUCAAUUUUGAAGAUUUUUAAGAGGAAGCACCUUUAAAUGUUAAUAUUUUCAAUGCACUGAAACGAAAGCAAAAAAGUACUGAUGUCCUAGAUUUGACGCUGCAUUGAAAAAAAAAAAAUUCCAAACGGUACCUAUAGAACCAUCCCUAAAUUAAUAAAAAUUAAUAAUCUUGAAAAUUAAUUCUUCAAGCUCUGGAGUGUAGAUCCUUGGAAUUGUGUAGAUUUUAAUACUUACGAAAACAUAAAAUCAACCUGUUUAAUUGUAAACCCGACUUGUAAACCCGAUAGCAGAGACAACGCAUAUUUCAUCCAUAAAUAUACAUUAGGUGAAAAAAGAAGUCAGGCAUUGUUCGUGAAAAUCCUCUGUACCCACGCAUUUUUACGAAAAAAAAUAUCGGAGCUUACAACAAAUUUUCAUUUAUAAUUUCUAAGUAAUCUUUAUUCUGUAUAUGUACCUGAGAAUUGCAUACAAAUUCAUGAAAAAUUACCUUUUUAAUACCUAAUGCACAAAUAUGCGUGAGGUUUUUAAAUGAUAUUACUGAGAAAAAUCUAGGUAAUGUGUAAUUAAAAAUGUUAAAA